CACCUUCGAUUGUGAUUAUUACAAUACUAUCUUCAUUAAUGUCAAUCUGGUGGUUUGUUUGGUGGAUUAUCGUGUUAUACACGAUCUGUUGGAUUGUUUUUUAUCAAAUUUAUACAACUAAUGAAGAGUUAAGUGAUUCACAAAUAGAAGCACAAAUGUUUCUAGAUAACUGUUAUGCAAUUCAGAAUAUCGAUCAUCAGCAACAUCACCACCAAAAAGUGGUAUCCAUUAAUCAAGUUCAACAAUUAUCUCAUGAUCCAUCG